UGGAAAACGUCACUAGUUGCUGAAUGCGGAAGUUGCUAUGGACACGACAAUAAACGUUGCUUAUCUCUAUCGCUGUGUUAUGAUAAAGGUUUUCUAACCUUCCGUCGCGUAAUUACACAGGGCUCAUCCAGGUAUAGACAUGGAGGUGCCUUGCUACCUGCCCAAACUGCUGUUUGAGCUCAAUGAGCAGCGUAAGCGGGACUUCUUCUGUGACUGCAGCAUCCUUGUCGAAGGUCGUGUCUUCAAGGCCCAUCGUAAUGUGUUGUUUGCUGGAAGCGGCUAUUUCCGGGCUCUUCUGGUUCACUAUCUGCAGGAUAGUGGGCAGCGCUACAGCACAGCAUCGUUGGACAUUGUGACAGCUGAUGCCUUCUCUGUUGUCCUGGACUUCCUUUACUCUGGCCGCCUGGCCCUGAACAGAAGCAAUGUCAUUGAGGUGAUGUCAGCCGGCAGCUACCUGCAGAUGACUGAUCUGGUAAACUUCUGUAAGGGAUACAUCCGCUCAUCUUUAGAAAUAUGCAACAAGGAGAAGGAGAGUAGCACAGAGAAGGAGAAACAGGUACAGGAUGGAGGGAUGGGUCCUGCAGACAGCGGCACUCCUGCUGCGACGAUCUCCGGUGGUUCAGGGGCUGCGGAGUCUCAUUCACACUCUGCAGAUGCAGAUAAAGGGUCGGGUUUAGGCUCGGAGUCUGUGACCUUGGCUAAAACCCCCCUGUCUGUCCCUGUCACCACAGCUCUGGGCACCAGCAGAGACAUGGACAGCGACUACCAUUCCAGGGAGGAAUUUGCAUCUGGGAGUGAAAGACAGAAAGGACACAUGGAUCAGACUAACCUCUCAUCCUCUUCAUCAUCUGCUUUGACCCCGGAGUUAGUGAACCCCAAGAUAGAGUACGACCCAGAUGAGGAGCUUAUGGAGUCCCCUGACACCAAAGACUUGGCCUCAUAUCCCGGGACCUCUCUUCAUAACCCUCAUCAUAGCAGACUACAUCCUCCCUCUCCCUCCAAUGAGCGCUCUCCUUUAGGAUACAGCCCUUCUUACAAUGCCAGGCAGCUGAUGGAGAUGCUGGCCAGAGGGGAAGGCCCCAGUCCUCUGGGGGACAGAGGGGGGCAGCGCUUUAACCACGAACUGGGUAGCAGCACAGGAGGGUGCAGAAUGGACGAAAGUUUAGGGUUUAUGGGAUCAUCUAUCAUGGAGAUCCAGUCGGAUUGGCUUGGAGAGGACACAGGUGAUGGUUUGGUAGUGCCAGUGAAACUCCACAAGUGCCCAUUCUGUCCGUACACUGCCAAGCAGAAGGGGAUCAUGAAGAGGCACAUCCGCUGCCACACAGGAGAGAGGCCCUUCCCCUGUCCGAUGUGUGGCAAGAGGUUCACAAGACAGGAGCACCUUCGCAGCCAUGCCCUCAGCGUCCACAGGCACUACUGGCCAGUAUCAUGUAAGAGCUGCAGGCGAACCUUCACUGGAUCUGGCGUUUCGUCGGGACUCAGGCGCUUCGGCAUCUGCGACAGCUGCAACUGCGUGACCACCACACAUGACGAUUCCGCCUCUGUUCACCCCAACAGCCAAUCAGAGCCCAUGGAACGUGCAGACGGGGGUACAGAUUGGUCCAGUUUUAUGGACGAUGUAGAUGAGGUGGAGGUUGGCAGAGUGGAGGACUUGGUUGAGAAACAGAUCCUUGAAAGGCAGCUGGCUGUCUGCACUGAUGAAGGUACUGCAGUGAAUCUGUAGUCAGAAAAUGUUCCCUAAACUGUUCCAUGAACUGUGGCCAUACUGUUCUUGAUGUUACAUUAGUAGAAUAAGAUGGCCUUAUUUAUUGACUCAUUUGUAACCAGAAAAUUUGUCUUUUUAAAUAAAUGAGAUGUUUUGCUCCAGUGAUUUGUCUGGCAGCAAUUGGUUUUAAAAUGUUUUAAUCAGGAAGUUUUGUCUUAAAUUUCUCUUUCUUUAUUUGCACAGUUGCUCAAAUCCCAAUGUGUCUGUAUAUGCUGCACUUAAAGCUUGCAUGUUUUGUUUUGUUCAAAAGGAUUGCAGAUCACAGACACAAUGUUCUCUGUGGUUUUAAUGGGGCCAUUGUAGGUUUUGUUGCAAUAAAUGUGUUCUGUGAUUGUUGACCUAUUUCCUUUUUCAUUAAACCUGCUUUUCUACGUCUAAAUACUUUAUUGAUAUUGGUUGUAUGUACAUUUCCCAGCUUCUUGUCACAGAUUUGCAUCAGGUGAUCAAAACAGAGGAGGCAGUUUGCAGUAAGGAAGCAAUUGACUACUUUACAAUGCACAAAGAAGUCAAAUUAAAUCAUCUUCCGUGUAUGUUUUAUUUAUUGAAUUGCACACAAUAAGCAAGUCAUCCCAUAAGUAGGAGGGACCUUAUAGUUUGAAGCACCGGAGUGCGGAUACACCGACUGUUAGCCCUUCCCUCAACAUCAUUCAGGUGUUGUGCAAAUGCUACAGACGGGUAGAGUUAAAGUCACGUGUCGCGUCUGACUAUAAGUGACACGAUCUUCGUAAUCAGCACAUGACUACAGGUUUCCUCACGAGGGAACAUGUCACUUCCAAUACGACCCACAUGCAUUCUUUUGAUUUGUGUAAUAACCCUCCUCACGGGGGGACCUGGAUCAUACAUAUGUGCACACACCUGUUGUAUUAAUUAGAGCAACAUGUUUUGUUGGUAGAAUUUGCUCAGUAACAGCUGCAUCUGCAAGUGGCAUGCACAAGCUUGCAGGAAGUGUUCCUCAUGACAAUAACAUCGUGUGUGUGUGUGUGUCUUUAUUAUUCUUUAAUAGAAUGCAGUAGAGUGAUGUGAUUUAAGUAUUCACUUGUUGGGAUAUUCUGUUUGGUUUAUGUUACUUUUAA